AUGGGCUUAUCGGUAUCCUGUGGCUGGGCCCCAGGUUGGGGCGCUUCGAUGGGACCCGCCUUCCCACCGACUUCAAGCCAUCUUCGCCGACGACCAUCCUCUUCGGAUUGUUCAUGCUAUGGUGGGGUUGGAUUGGCUUCAACUGCGGGAGCUCCUUUGGAAUUUGGAAUCACAAAGACCAAAUGGCUCGUCGCAACACGUGCAGGCGUGGCCACACUGAACGCCACGGCCGGGGGCGGCUUCGCUGCCUUGUUCUACACCAAGGCGAAGUCGCGAGGUGUGCUGAUCUCUCCGGAAGAGAUUGCCAAUGGGCUUCUGGGCGCGCUUGUGGCCAUCACAGCCACCUGUGCCUGUGUUCAUCCCUAUGAGGCAGUGAUCGUGGGCUUCGUUGGCUCGAUUUCGGCCCUGGCCUGCAACGACCUCUUCGAGUACAGGCUGCAGAUCGAUGAUCCCGUGGGAGCUGUGGGCGUUCAUGGGGCUUCGGGCAUUUGGGGUCUCAUCGCGGUGGGACUCUUUGCAGACGGGAGCCUACCGGGAAUUGAGGUAGAUGACGGUCUCUUCCGCGGCGGGAGCCCCCGGCUUCUGGCCGUUCAGCUGCUUUGUGCCGUGUCGAUCAUCGGCUGGUCCCUGGCAGUGGUGACGCCUUUCUUCUAUCUCCUUGGCGUUGCUUUCAGUGGGAGUUGGCGCCGUCCUCGAAGAGGCUUGCGCGUAGACCCCCAAGACGAGAUUGCAGGCAUCGAUCGCAGUUACCACGAGCGUGUCUCUUGGCAG